AUUUUCAAUUGAAAGUGUUUUCCAAAAGACUAUGCAAAACAACGUCGUUGAUAGCAUAAUAAUUGAUGUCCUGAGCGCUAGUACUCACGAAAAGCCACUUUGCAAAGUGAUCACGGAAGAACGAGUUCUGAAGCUUCUCGAUUUGGCACUUGGUGUAUUUAAAGCCCAAAAACCAAUGGUUGAAGUGAAUGCUCCAAUAAAGGUAUGCGGUGACAUCCAUGGACAAUUCCCGGAUCUUCUUCGCCUCUUCCAUCGUGGUGGAUGGCCGCCGACUGCGAACUAUUUAUUCCUUGGAGACUAUGUGGACCGUGGAAGAUUCAGCAUUGAAACCAUUGUUCUUCUCCUCGCUUAUAAGGUGAAAUUCCCGUGCAAUUUCUUCCUGUUGCGUGGAAACCAUGAGUGCGAGUUUGUUAACAAGACGUAUGGAUUCUACGAAGAAUGCCAGAAACGCUAUCAAAGUGUUCGCAUGUACGCGGCUUUCCAGGACGUAUUCAAUUGGCUUCCACUCACCGGACUGAUUGCUACUAAGAUCUUGUGCAUGCACGGAGGACUAUCGCCCCUUAUGACAAAGGAAUUUACUUUGGACACAUUGAGAAAAAUUGAAAGACCAACUGAAGGCAAAGAGGGACUGGUAGCUGAUCUUUUGUGGGCCGAUCCUAUUAGUGGUCUUUCUGGGUUUAUGAAUAACCAACGAGGUGCCGGGUGCGGAUUCGGAAGAGAUUCUGUUCUGAAUUUGUGCUCCGAAUUUCAGCUUGACCUGGUCUGUCGUGCCCAUCAAGUUGUUCAAGACGGUUAUGAGUUCUUUGCUGGACGGAAAUUGGUGACCAUCUUCUCGGCUCCUCAUUACUGUGGUCAAUUCGACAACUGUGCUGCUUUCAUGUCUUGCGACGAGAAGCUUCAGUGCUCGUUCGAAAUUCUCCGUCCAACAACUGGUCGCCUCGAGAUUCGCGAGAAGCCGUUGCUCAAGGAUGAAACAAACUGAUAGGCGGCCGAUUCAUCAUUUCAUUAUCAAUAAAUGAAUUGACAAACAAAUGUGGUUUUGAUAUUAUUUGUAAAAUAAAAAUUUCAUGUUUAAA